AUGGCUGCCGAGGAGCUUUCGGAGGCCGGCAUGGCCGACAUUAUUCGAGCGCUUGAGGUCAUCCAUAGUCCUACGUCUACGAACGAGCUCCGCAAACAGGCCUUGACGUUUGUUGAGUCCCUCAAAGAAACCGACGCGGCAGCCCGCAAUGGGUUUCUCCUCGCCUCACGCGCCGACCAUGCCCCAGUUGUACGAUAUUUCGGUCUCACACUAUUAGAUCAUGUCUUGCGCCACCUAUCAUUUACCAGCGCCGAUGCCGAAGAAUCUGCGAAUCUAAGAUCAAUGAUCCUCCAGCUCGCCGAGAACAUUCGACCCGAGGACCCCAACUAUCUCCGCAACAAGAUCCCGCAACUAUGGUCAGAGGCCGCGAAGAAGAGCUGGGGCUUAGACUGGAUGGAUAUGGACGCUGCGCUCGUGAAAUUUUGGGGAUCCUCUUUGGUACACAAUGAAUUGGUUCUCGCGGUACUUGAAACCCUGUCGGAGGAUGUCUUCUUCCGUGAAGAUACUGUAUCUUCGUUGCGUGGGUCAGAGCUCAACAGGGCCCUCGUGGAAAUCUUCACACCCGCCGCUAUUGUCGAGCAGAUAAACUCCGACAAGAACACCAAUGCUUUGCUGCGGUAUGGUGAAGACGGUUGGCUCGUCCGGAUUUGCCAAUUCUUAGACAAUUGCGUUCAGAAUGUGUCGAGUUCGCCCCAGGCCAGAGAUGCGGCUGUCAAGGCCCUCACCGCUUUGAGAUCAGCGCUCUCUUGGUCUAUCUACAAAGCUGUUACAGCCUCUGGGGCGGUUUCCAGCAUCUUUAGAGCCUUAACCUGUCAAGACGAACAGGUUCUAUUGGCCGCAAUUGAAGCAUUGCACGCGCUUUACGGAAGAAGCAAUAUGGGCAGCGAGGAUUCGCGUGAUCUUCUUUUCCUGAUUUUCGACGCCGAAUAUCUCAAUACUCUUCAAACUUUAUAUCAAUGGUCAAUCGUAGGACCGGAUGAUGUUGAUGAGCCGAAAUACUUGGUAUCCAAGAAGCUUUCGGAGAUGGUCUCCUACGUGGCUGGCUGCUUGGAAGACGACCGACUCUUCCAGGAUAUGACGUACAGGCUGAAUCUUCCGCCAUUUUUCAACUUCAUGAUCAACAUCAUGCAGCACCAGAGCUUAACGGUAUCUAUUCCUGUCCUGCAUCUCUGGUCUCGACUACUUCCAAUUCGAAAUAUCGGUACCGAUGAUUUCGUGGUGAGCCAGACUCCCAGUUUCCUGAAUAUUUGCACCCAAAGGUUGAUCCGCUGGGAAUCUCUCCCAACCGAUUCCGAAGACCCCACUGUACAGUUCCUCGUUGAAGAUAUUGAUACCACCCCCGAGCGACACGCAUUUGUUGGAAACUACAGACGCUACUGCUCAUCGAUCAUCGAGUCCAUUACCAUCAAGCGUCCGCAGGAUGCUGUUCGUGAGAUCCUAAGCAAAGUGGAUGAUAACCUGAACAAUCUCUAUGAUGGCGUUAAGCCUUUCAGCAUGCAAACAUUCAGCAAGUCUGCACUGUCACUCAUGCGCGCGGAUGCUCAGUUUGCUGUUGUAGAAGCCGUUAUCAAGGGUUUCAAUAAGUGGCUUGAUUCUCAUGGAAAGACCCCUCAGCAAGAUGAGCAGGAAAGGAGUGAGUUGGAGCGUGCCGUGGAGGAUUGGGCUUCAACUUUAAUGCAACGACCGUUCGAGGACCCCGUUCUGAAACAGCGAGUGAUCAAGUUGGUAGUUGACAUCUCAUCCCGAGCAUUGGACAACCAUCCUGCUUUUGCUCUCAAGGUCCUUGAACAUAUCCUUAUGACACGACUUCCGGAUCAGCCCUCUUAUCCCGUCUAUUCAGAGGCGGUGAAGGAACUUCAUGGGCUUGCAAGCCACGAACUACGACGACUCGCGAUCCGUUAUGCCGAUUAUUUCUCGACUUUCUACGAUUUACUUGAACCUAAGAUCACGGAGAUCACACAGGCCAACCAGGUUGAUGACAAGCUCAAGAUGGAGUUGACAUCCAUUCUCGUCAUCAUCAUGCAACGAGCAAACAAUAUUGAUCCAAAUCUGCGUCAGGCUCGUUUGACAGCCUUCCUCAACCCUAUCAGGGAAGCCUGGCAGGACGAGGAAUUCCGUCGCAUGUGUUCAUCCUUUGAGGGUUUCUGUACAAUGCUCGGACUUGAGAAUGUUGGGUCUUACAUGCAAGCCAAACAAGCACAUCGACUGGCAGAUUGGGCCGAUGUCAUCUUGGAUCACGAGGGAAAGAUUGUUCAAGAGGAGAUGACCCGGAAAUUCCAAAUGCUGCCUCUGCGUGGCACCAAGACCAUGCUGGCAGUGUCCACUGACAAGUUGAAGAAAUCCGCUCCGGCAUAUCGCGUAGCGUGCGAUAUGUGGCAGGAUUUGAUGCCACAAAUCCUUCCCACUCUGCUUCAUCUAGUCAGCCACGCUCAUGCAUUCCACAAUCCCACCAAUUGGGCUGUGAGUGAUGAUAUGCGGGCCGUGGUUGAGCGGAUUCUCACGGAUCGCUUCUGGCAAGCAGGGAUAUCUAGCGGCAGCCGGGAUGAUUUCUAUGCCAAGAUUACUGCAUCCAAGGCCACCCUUGAAGGAUUUGCGUCCUCGGUUCGAGGCAAGAUCAGAGCUGUUCGUGAAUCGGGUUACUCUAUGCUCUUCAGUAUGAGCAGACUGCGACAUCAGUUCUACGGGUUUGCUGAGCUCCCUGGUCCUCUUUCUGAGGCUCUUUUCAAAGAUGCUGAGCAUCUGUCUUCUCACCAAUACUCCGUUUUGCUUAAUAUCUCCCGCUGCCUGAUCGAUGACUGCCCGGUGCAGUACCGCAACCAAUUCCUUCCUCCUAUGCUGUCCACUCUUUUCAAGAGCAUUGACACUAAGAUCACCACCGAGUGGGAACUUAUCGAACAAAGAAAGAACGGACUUUCUGAUGGUGACCUCACCGAUGAGAUGAAAUCAGAGAGUGUCCUCCGGCAAUUGACCUACUCGGCGGUUAUCAUGGUCGCCAGCCUGUUUGACCCACAGAGAGGAGGUGAGAAAACCCAUCGCUAUUCAUCAUAUUCGUUCGAGCAAAAUCGCUUUCACAUUGAACCCCUGGAAAGCCGUACUUGGCAAGAUCAUCAAGAAGCCGACGCUAAUAUUCCCAAACCAGACCCCGAUAGGACAGAGACAGAUCCGAGUGCACCGCAACCGACCCCGGAACAGUCCGAUUCAAUUCGAUACUUUGUUCUCUCCUCGCCCGAGAUCUUCGAGCCCGUCAUGCUCUUCUGUACCCACGCCCUCCGUAUGCGCGACACUAGAUGCUGUAGUAUCAUUACCAGGGUGGUUCGAUCGAUUCUCGCCGACUUCGCCCCGCCUAACAAUAGCCCGACCAUAGUGACCAUUCGAGAGUUCAUCUGCGCUGAUGUUCUGCAGGCGUGCAUCACGUCUGUUCACGAAUCCUAUUUUGUGGACAUGCAGAAAGACCUGGCGCAGCUCAUCGCCGCUAUCUGGGUUCUGUAUGGGACUGCUAGUCGGAGACCACGCGCCACCUUCCUGUCAUUGCCUGGCAUUACCGAAGAAAAGGUCGCUCACACAGAGGCUGCCCUCCAACGCUGCGUGUCACCUCGUCAACAGCGUGCUUUGAUCCUGGAGCUUCUUGAGCCCCUACGCGGUGUCAGCGUUGCUGAGCAAGGAAAGAUUCUUGGCUCGCGCGAGGAGCGUCGCAAGGCCCGCUCUGCAAUUCAAUCCCGAUACAUGACCAACGAGAUGGAGACUCAGCAGGAAAACCACCGUGUCGACAUCAACGACGGGCCCGACCUUUCGGGUGUCGCUGAUAUGUUCGGGUAG